AUGGAUGGUCGUGUGGUACGAGGCGUCCAGCGCGCAGCGCUUGAGCAAUGGUCCGAAUUCAUAGCCAAGAGUCUUUCUCAUCGCAUAGACCCGGAAAAGUUCGAGUCAUACGUGCCUUUCCUUCAGGUCAAGCACCCGUUGCCGCCCGUCGCCGUUGCCGACCUCUUCCUCCGACCUCAGCCUCACAACCACGAGAGCCUCGACCCUCGAGUACCGCGCUACCUCCAAGUUCUCUCCGACCUGAACUACAUCGACACGGCUUCGAUCCUCAAAUCCCUGUAUAGAUACUCUACAUCUCGCGCGCACUCUCGAGACGCUGCACAGCCGGCCAUUGGCGAGGCGCAACCGCUCAACUUGCCGCGAUGGGGGAGCUCGUAUGCGGCAGAAGAGGUGAUGUUUUAUCGACUUACGAAGGCCGUGGCGCAGGGCAUAGCGAUCCAGAAUACAGGAACAGGUCUUGAGAUAGCAAGCAUCAUGGCUAAAUGGAUUGCGCUCUUUACGGAUGCUGCGACGGCCUUCACGGUCGACGUGAUGGGCCAGCUUCACAACAGUCAAGUGAGAGAGGAGAUGGAAUCAGCACGCGCCGCGUUCGUGGCUCUUCUUUUGGGUGUCUGCGAAAAUCAAGUUGUUCUGAAAGCUCUGAGUAAACCCGAAGCUCAAGGCACCAGAAAAGCCCUAUCCGAGAGCCUCGCGAACUUUGUACCGACCAUAAUGCAGAGUGCUGGUCCCAUUGCGACUCGCCUCGAUAUGUUCCGAACAAGCACGUUAGCGGGCUUCGAGCCCGUCGACGAUGAGAAGAGCAAAUCAAAUGCCGAGAUCGAAGACCUCUUCGACUCAACGGUGGCGUUGGACAACUUUGUGAUUUCCGAGCUGCCCAUUGUCAACUCAAGAGCCGGUCUAUACAUAUACCUGAAUGCUGCGCUAGUUGGGCGGCCAUUGGUUGAUGACCUUGCUAUAUUCAACUACUUGAACAACCGAUAUCAGGGCGAUGUGCAAUCGACGACGGUCGACCUUAUCCUCGCCUCCUUUGACGUGUUGGCCAAUGCCGCCUCGCGGAAUGAAGGCAACCAGGCCGCUCAUCUGUUACGCUCGUUUCUGAUGAACAAGCUACCCAUCCUUAUCGAAAGCCUGAGCAAGCACAUGUACGGGCCAGUCAAUGCCGAGUAUUGUAUCACAGAAGCCCUUGGCCGUGUUGACACGACAACGUUUCCUACGCUAUCGUCGAUGUUUGAUGAGACUAGGAGCAACAACCCCUUCACGGACUCUGUGAGAGAAGAGUUCUGUUGGGCAUGCUGUUUGCAUGGCCUAGUGCGAGAAAGCAGCAUCGAGACUCUUCUCGGAGAGACCCCCUAUCAGUCACUUCCUGCUGGCGGCAGGUAUGUCAAGGAAAACCUGGUUGCAGAGUGUCUGGCAGACCCGGAACGAAUGCAGGCUCUGAUUGGAGAGUUGGACAACAAGGAUGGAAAUGCUGGCGCCGUAUGCCAGGCUUUGACGGAGGUAAUGGGACAACUCUGUAGGAACAAAGAGACUAUGUCUCUAAAGCUUCUGUGCAGCCAACUCGCCCAGAAGCCGUUGUCUCUGGACGUCAUGUUGAUGUUUGAGAAGCCUGGGACUAUCCUUCAUCCGCUGUGCGACCUUCUGGACAACUGGAAGUAUGAGGAGGACCAAGGGGAGUACCAGCCCGUAUACGAAGAGUUUGGUUCAAUAUUGCUCCUAGUCAUGGCUUUUGCGUAUCGCUAUGGCCUAUCAGCGUCAGACAUGGGCGUCGCAUCCCCUGACUCGUUUGUUUCGAAGCUUCUCGGCCAGGGUCACCAAAGCCGCCCGUUUGAUGAGCUGUCAGACCAAGAAAAGGGGCAUCUGAACGGAUGGAUUCACGGCCUUUUCGACUCUGAGGCUGGUGGGUUGGGUGAUGAAUUGAUGUCAUCUUGCCCGCCACAAGAUUUCUACCUGCUGGUAUCGACACUGUUCCAGAACAUUGUUCUUGCCUUCAGUACUGGCCACUUGGCCGAGGAGAGCCUCAGAGGGGGUAUAGAAUAUCUUGUCGAUACCUUUCUUCUGCCGUCUCUUGUCGUAGCCAUCACCUAUCUGGCUAACUCACUGUGGGUCGAGCGCUCCGACUGUCAGAAGGCGAUCGUAAGGGUUCUGAACUCCGUUCUGGCGCCUACUUCAAUAUCCAAUGAGGCGCAGGCUAUGCUCACUUCCGUAAUGAACAUAGUUGCCAAGCCGCUGGAACAUUCUUUGAGAGCGUACCAACGAUCGGAUCCCAAGAGUCAAGAAGUCGAACCCCUUCUCAAGGCAAUCAAAGAUAGCAUCCCCUUGUCUCGGCGGACGGGAGCAGCAGACCACACCGAGCUGGAUGCUUGGUCUCUAGGCGGCUUUUCCAACUCUAUCCGCCAAACAUUGCAGCAAUUGGUGCAGUGGAGCAUCCACCCAACAAUGGAUAGAAUGCCUCCCGCAUACACCCAUCGACAGAUGCUUGUUGCGCUGAAACUACUAGGUGCGAAGCGACUGCUGCAGCUCCUGUACGAAGACAUCAGGCAACAAACAGACACGGGCAGUGGCAGCAUCAUUUACGAUGUAGCAACGGCAAUAGUCUGCGCGCCUGACGUCGCCAACACACCGCCAAAUUCCGUCAACUUCCUCGAUAACUCAGGCAACAUGCCUGCCCCUGUCCAGCGGAAGCUGACUCUGCGCGAGGUCUUGAAGUCGGAUGCCGAGGACUGCAAGAGGCUACAGAAGACGGACAUGAACCUGGCCGAGAUUGUCGUCAGGCUACACCGCAAGGUGGAGUCUCAGAUGGCUGUUUCUCAGGCUCAGGCCAUACAAGCAGACACGAUGCUGCAGACUGACCUCGGUCUGGGCCUAGAUACCGGCGCAGGCUCUCUCGACGAUGCCAUGGCGGCCGCGGCUGCCAACGUUGGGCAGGGCGACGGCAUGUCUGUGGAUAAUGUGAGCCUCGACCUGGGCCUUGGCGGAGUUGGUGGAGAUAUGGGCCUUGGGGGCUCGUCAAACAACGGUGGAGGGUCAUUGGACCUAGGGACCGAUGACAUAUUCGGUGCACUCGGGGCCAGCGACGACUUUCAAUGGGAUAACAUGGACCUUUCAUAG